AUGUCAAACUACAACAGAGACGAGAAGGUGAAGAGUCUGGGACAUGUGCUGGUGACGGGCGGGAUUGGAUUCUUGGGCAAUCACAUUGUGUCGCUGCUGGAGUCAAGAGGGGCAUGCGAUAAGAUCACGGUACUGGACAUACGACCACCACAAACACCGAUAGCAGGCGUACAAUAUGAGCAGGGCGACAUCACAGACUACGACUCAAUGCUGAAGCUCUUCGGCAGACUACAACCAAAUGCAGUCAUACAUACGGCCAGUCCGAACCACAGCGUCGGAAACAGACAAUUGAUGUAUGAUGUCAACGUCACUGGAACCAAAACCCUCGUUCGCGUGGCACAGGAAUCGAAUGUGAAAGCAUUUGUACACACGUCCUCUGCUUCAGUGAUUAGCGACACCAAGGCCGACCUCAUCAAUGCCGACGAGUCAUACCCACUAAUGAUGGGAGAUCAACAACCGGAGUACUACACAACUACCAAAGCUCAAGCAGAGAUGCACGUCCUGGCAUCAAACCGUGCCCCCUCCCAUCCCAAAUUCCUCACAGCAGCAAUCAGACCAAGCGCCAUGUUCGGCAUCGGCGACGUGCAGCUCCUUCCACCUGGCCUCUCAGCCUACUUCCGCGGCCAGACCAAAAUCCAGAUCGGCCAAAACGAGAAUCUCUUCGACUUCACUGAGAUCACGAACGUAGCACACGCGCACCACCUUGCCCUCGCCGCCCUCCUCGCCACCUGCGACCGCGAAGACGCCGGCCUCAGCGCACCCCUGGAUCACGAGAAAGUCGAUGGCGAAGCUUUUCUCAUCACAAACGACUCACCUGUCUACUUCUUCGAUUUUGCCCGAAUGUGCUGGGCAGCAGCGGGCGAUAAGACGCAACCGAGCCAAGUUUGGGUUCUGUCAAAGGAAUUUGGACUUCUGAUAGCAACACUGAUGGAAUGGAUCUUCUGGGCUUUUCGACUUGGGAAGCCAAAUCUGACCAGGCAGCAGGUUCAGUAUACGUGUAUGACGCGGUUCUAUGACAUUGGCAAGGCGAAGACGAGGUUAGGUUAUAAGCCUGUCGUUGCACUCGAAGCGGGAAUCAGGAGGGGCGUGCAGGAUGCUUUGUUUCGGGGUGUGGUUGUUGGGCAGCCACCGGAGCUGAAGGGGAAUUGGGAGGCUGUUGAGGCGGUAAUAUACCAUUUACCUUACAUAUCCAUGAACAUGUUGCACGUGUGUGGCGCAGCCACUCAUCCAACUCACCAAAUGUUGUUGAAAAUUGUGGCAGUGCUGCUCCUUCGACAAAAGAACAAGCAGCACUUCCGCAACGCCAAAUUAAAUGGACACGAGACAAUAAAUCUCGUACGUCAGAACCAUGCUUGGGUGACCACAGAUUCUUUUGACACGAUGGCGCUUGGCCAGCUGAACGCAGUCGUUGAACUCCAUCGCCCACACAGAAGAUACUACGGAAAUCAAGAAUGGAUUGCCGGAGAUAUCGCACUGACAUACACACCUAAGACGAAGAAGGCUGCCAAAGAUCAAUCCACUCUUGAUAUUUUCGGACCACUGCGCAUUGAGGUUAUCUUCGAGGGCUCUCUUGCCAUAAAGAUACCUGGGACGGACAAGGAUCGUGAAUACAACAAAGCACGACGAGUCUUCCGCAGUAUACAGUGUGUUCAAGAAGGACCAUUCAGAUGUGCACCCGGUCAGACGAUCAAAGUGCCUUUCCGCUCGAGGUUUCCUGAGGUAGCAGAUGCCUGUAUCGACUUUCGGACUGGGCAGGAGAUUUAA